CUAAAGCAUCUGUUGUUUCCGCUGCAUGUCAGCUUCACUGUGGCGUUUUGUGAAGACCUCCGUUGAUCCGAAUUCAAAACACAAAACCUCUGGAUACUGAGUGGUUGACCAUGGCGUCUGACUCCCCGCGCAGACCGAGCCGCUGUGCUGGUGGGGUUGUGGUUCGAGCACAGGCUGCAACAGAGCAGUCAUACAUGGAGAGCGUAGUUACGUUCUUGCAGGAUGUAGUCCCUCAGGCGUAUACUGGGACACCACCAAAUGAUGAAAAAGAGAAGAUUGUUUGGGUCUGUUUCGAAAAAACAGACAUCAAUGAUGUGGCCCGGUUACCUGAGUUCCAAGAGAUGCACGGCAGCAGCACUGACCCACCUCUCUGCUUGAUGAUUGGCUACACUGAUGGAAUGCAGAUUUGGAGCAUAUCACUGAACGGGGAAGCGCAGGAGCUGUUUUCGGUACGGCACGGGCCUGUGCGAACUGCUAGGAUCCUGCCUGCUCCUCAUAUCAGUUCCCUCAACACUGACAGCUUCGCUGAGAAACGGCCCCUCCUCGGCGUGUGCAAGAGCACGGGCUCUUCGGGGACAAGUCCCCCUUAUUGCUGUGUGGAUCUUUAUUCCUUGAGAACAGGAGAGAUGGUCAAGUCCAUACAGUUUAAAACGCCCAUCUAUGAUCUCCACUGCAACAAAAGGAUCCUCGUCGUUAGUCUCCAAGAAAAGAUCGCUGCCUUUGACAGCUGCACCUUUAUGAAAAAGUUCUUUGUCACAAGCUGCUACCCCUGUCCUGGGCCCAACCUCAACCCUAUAGCUCUGGGAAGCCGGUGGUUGGCCUAUGCUGAGAACAAGCUGAUCCGGUGUCAUCAGUCCCGUGGUGGGGCCUGUGGAGAUAAUGCCCAGUCCUACACUGCCACUGUCAUCAGUGCUGCUAAAACUUUGAAGACAGGACUGACCAUGGUGGGGAAGGUCGUGACCCAGCUCGCCGGUACAUUGCCAUCAGGGGCGCCUGAUGAGGAGAGCACUGCCCAUAGCGGCACCCGCCGCAGCCCACAUCAGCCUGGAGUCGUCACCAUCAUAGACACACACACCGUGGGAGAGGGACAGGUUCUUGUUAGCGAGGAUUCUGAUGGAGAAGGAGUGAUUGCGCAUUUUCCAGCACAUGAUAAGCCUAUAUCCUGCAUGGCGUUUAAUCCGAGUGGUAUGUUACUGGUGACUGCAGACACCCUUGGCCAUGACUUCCACGUUUUCCAAAUCUUGACUCACCCAUGGGCGUCUUCACAGAGUGCGGUUCAUCACCUAUACACACUUCACAGAGGAGAGACCGAGGCUAAGGUGCAGGACAUCUGCUUCAGCCAUGACUGCCGCUGGGUGGUGAUCAGUACUCUUCGUGGUACCUCUCAUGUCUUUCCCAUCAACCCGUAUGGUGGACCGCCAUGUGCACGCACACACAUGUCCCCACGUGUGGUCAAUCGCAUGAGCCGUUUCCAGAAGAGUGCCGGACUGGAGGAGAUUGAGCAAGAGCUAAGCAGCAAACAGGGUGGCCGAUGUAGCCCCAUUCCUGGCCUCUCUAGUAGCCCAUCUGGAUCACCGCUACAUGUCAAACUCACCAGUCAAGAAUCCUAUAACAACUUCACCAACAACAACAUGGGUAACCCACGCCUGUCUCCAUUACCCAGUUUGACGGUCGUGCUUCCAUUAGCUCAGAUCAAGCAGCCGAUGACCUUGGGAACCAUCACCAAGCGCACUGGCAAAUCCAAGCCACCUCCUCAGAUCUCUCCAAGUAAGUCCAGCGGUGGGGAGUUCUGCGUCGCUGCAGUCUUCGCCUCCUCUCGCUCUUGGUUCAUCACCAACCCCAACAUGAAGAGAGAGAAAGAUCAGUCUCGCCAGGCUGUUGUCGAAUCACUGUACAUCCUGAGUUGCUACGGAAACCUGGUGGAGCACGUGCUGGAGCCUCGUCCAAUCAGCACGGCGCAAAAGAUAGGCGACGACACGCCUCUGGAGCUGAACACCUGUCCGAGAGCCUGUUGGAAUCUAGCCAGGACACCGCAGUGGAAUGAGCUACAACCACCUUUCAACAGCAACCACCCCUUGGUGCUGGCCUCAGACUUCGUGCAGUACUAUCAAUACCUCCUGACUGGAUUGGCUCCUCCUGGCAGCCCUGGCCCCAUUACCCGUCAUGAGUCUUACGACAGUCUGGCAUCCGAUCACAGUGGACAAGAGGAUGAAGAAUGGCUCUCACAGGUGGAGAUUGUGACCCACACAGGCCCUCACAGGAGACUCUGGAUGGGGCCUCAGUUUCAGUUCAAGACCAUCCAUCCGUCGGGUCAGACCACGGUUAUCUCAUCCAGCUCCUCUGUACUACAGUCACAGGGGCCCAGCGACACCCAGCAGCCUCUUCUUGAUUUCGACACGGACGACCUGGACCUGCACAGCCUCAGGAUCCAGCCGGUGCGUUCAGAACCCGUCAGCAUGCCUGGAUCCUCUCGCCUGGUGGCCGACCGAAGAGGCCAAUCUACAGUCAUAGAUACCGGCUCAGGCAUGUUUGACCGCAGCGUCACCCUGCUGGAGGUGUGUGGCAGCUGGCCUGAGAGUUUCGGACUGCGUCACAUGUCCUCUGUGGAAGCCACGGAAGAGGGCCUGAAGGAGAGGCUGGCAGAUGCAAUGUCAGAGUCGCCCAGCAGAGACAUUGUGGGCUCUGGGACAGCAGAGCUCCAGAGGGAGGGAAGCAUCGAGACGCUCAGCAAUAGUUCUGGCUCCACCAGCGGCAGCAUUCCCCGAAACUUCGAAGGCUACCGGUCCCCUCUCCCCACCAAUGAGAGCCAGCCUCUCAGCCUCUACCCCACCGCAUUCCCCUAAAACAGCCAUCCCGCUCACAUCUCAGACCCACGGAAACCUCUCUGUCGCCUUCGGACAAUCCUGACAGUACAACCACAACACAUCAACACAACUCCAUCCUGCUGCGCUAUAUCUUUUCUCUCUUCUUUAAAAUGUGGGUUUUCCUUUAAUCAAAUUCGGCAUGCAGGAAAACCAGUUCAAUGAGGCCAGCGUUAACAUCCUUUGUCUUUCACUUACCUUGUAGAUUAAUAGAGAGAGAGAGCGCACGUAUAUUAACCUUGACGGCUCGGAUGUACAGUAAAAGGGAUCCAUGGGAGUCAAAAAACGUGUCAUAUUACCAAUAUCAUUAUCAAUCGAACUUCCAGUGCGUAUCUUUAUUGAAUGCGUGUGUCAGUGAGAGUGUGUUCAUCAAAUACAUGUCCUGAUUACCUCUCAAUAGUUGAGUUUAGGCUGAUUUAUUUUUCUUUGAUCAACACAUCAAUAGUGCUUGAUAUAUUUUAGCAGACACUGAUUUGAUUUUAUAGGUAAUCAAUCAUCAUGGUUAUGUUUACAAUUUAAUCUUGUGUUACAUUAUAGUGUUUAUUAUUCUGCACAUUUUUUCUGUAUAUUUGAUUUGUCAUUUUCUUGGAUUCCGUGUUAUUUGGUUUAUAAAUUAAGUGGAUUCGAAUGGUUUAAAUUCCUUUAAAUUUAUGAAAUGUAUUGAUUCUUUCAAAAGGGAUUUUUGCGUUCUGAUGUUUCCUUGUUUGAUUGGCUUCACAGGAUAUUUCACAGCAAAUUUCAUUCAGCUUGGGUGAUUUAGACAAUUUAGACACUACCCAAAUGUUAAAACCAUAGUUGCAUCAUGAUCAUUAUUAUCAACAAUAUAUCAUUUUGUAUUAGCUUGUUUAUUUAACUCUUUUAAAUGGCUUAGUUUGAAGAAUGUUUUAGCUUGCUUGACUGGAUGUAAUGUUUUACAUACACACACAGAGUUAUUGAUAAAUACCAAUUAAACAAGAAAUAUAAAUACACAGUCCUUGUCAAAAGAGCCUGCUGUUGGCUGACAGACCUGUGCAUGUUAAAAGCCUCAGUAGCUGGAAAGGAAACGUGAGUUUGUUCACAUUUAUAACGGCAUUCAAGUUGGCAUGACUUUAAGUCUAAAUGCAGUGCACAUGCUUUGUAUGGACUAUAUUUUUUCUAAUAAUACUAAUGAAAUGUGAUCUUGAAAUAGGAAUUUAUGCAAGCGAGUUUAACGAGUCUUCUAUACAUUGGCGUGUUUGCUUAAUACAGCAUAUGCAUUCUGAGUCUUAGUUUGUUGUUUUCCCUUGUUAACUUACCUUGCUUUCUCCUGAAUAUAUUUGUUAUACAAAAAAAUAAUAAAUGCAUUUAAAUGACGAGAUAAAAGUCUGGGCCUGAGGCCGC